GUUCGAUUGCAGAGUCGAUCUCUUUUGACGACCCUAUCCCUCGUCUCUAAUCUUCUUUUCUCGUCUCCGCGAGCACGCGACCGUCUCUACCGCAGCUCGCCGCCGUCUUCCAUCGCCACGGAGAAGCGGAGGCCGUGCUCUAGUCUUCUCCACCGUCCGUUACCCUACUUCGGGUACCUCUUUGUCCCGAGGGUCUCCAUCUUGCUUUCCUCCUCGCGUUGAGCUCGAGAGAGAAGGUAAUUAACUAUUAAGCAACCAGAUGCUAGCCAAAGGAAGAAAAAUUGCUGGGAGAGGUGAAGAGAUGGCUGCACAUUAUGCUUUUGGUCCUCUUGAAGAUGAUGUGAUAAUUAAACACCGGCUUCUGACUCGCACCACAACUACGCGGGGCGAACCACCAUUAAAGAAGCUUCAAAAGAAGUUUGUCUCCUUUGCACUUGAGAUUGAGAAGGAAGCAGAUAAUCUAAGUGACUGUGAGAGAUUGUACAAGGCUUUCCUACAAGAAAUAGCCACUUUUGAGCUCCCACUUCUUAAAAGCAAAGCAGUGGUCGAUGCGAACAUACGAGAGAAAGAGAACUUCAAUGAGCUGCAAGAAGAAAUCCAACGACAAAUCUCACAAGCACAGGCUGAUAUCGAAGACUUAAAAAAACAACUUGAGGAGAGCAAGAUUGAGAGGCAGCACAAGGAGGAGUGUGAGGCCAUUAGGAAGCUGAUUGCUUUGCAGCCCCCAAGGUCAGAAACUCAGAAAAUUAUCUCAGAUCUAGAGAAAGAAAUUGCUACUUUGGAGGCAGAGAAUGCUGCAUGUGUGAGGACAUUGGAUCUUCGGAAGAAACAAUUCUCUCUUUUGCUGCACGUGGUUGAUGAAUUGCAGAAUACAAUUGAGGAUGAACAAAAGAGCUUGGCAGAUGAGCUCAGAGCCGUCAUGGAAGAGCAGAAGAUUAGUGUUGAAGAUGGUAGUGGUGGUGGCUCGGAGGCCAUGCUUGUAGAGUAACUAGUGAUUUGAUAUAUUGCUUUAUGCAUUAGCUCUUGAUGUGCAAUCUUUGUAAUUUACUCAAACUCCGUGGGUUGCAGUUCUGUACUUAAGCUUGUUGUUUUGGGGAAAAGUUACUAAUCAAAUAUUCUCAAUCACUGAAGAUGUUGAAGCUCUGCUUUUAGUUUCUGAAGACGAUAGGAGAAUUAUCAGGCUCUGCUUUCUUUCAGAUUGAAUGGAGAUAGAGAACUCACGAUGUGGAAACAACCUUGGCUGCUUAUCAACAUUUUCUUAUUAUUAUUUUAGUGCUGUCUUUUCAUUUCGGGCCUAUUUUUCAACUGGAACAAGAGAAUGGUAGCUCAUUUCUCUUUACAUUAUGGAAAUAUGAAAUUUUACAUUA